AUGUAUUUAAAGGUUGUCUGCAUAGCGGCUGUAGUGGCGGUUGCUUCUGCACAGUAUAACAGCUAUGUACAUGGUAGUGGUCACGGUCACGGACAUGGUCAUGAAUCAUCUCAAAACAUAGUACUCCACCAAAGCCAAGAAUACGCACAUCUAUCUGCCGGUGAUCAUCAAUCUACGCAUGGCUCUCACCAUGACUCUCACCACGACUCCCACCACGACUAUUACUCACCACCUCAUUACGGAUUUGAGUAUGAAGUGAAGGAUCCCCACACAGGAGACAUUAAGUCACAGCACGAGACCCGAGAGGGAGACGUCGUCCGCGGCUUCUACAGCCUUCACGAACCUGACGGUACCGUGCGCCGUGUUGAAUAUACCGUUGACAAGCACAGCGGCAUUGCGGUGGCUCAAUUUGAAUUCGACGGACACCACGCGGCGUUUUCUUCCAAUCACAUUUCACGACAUGACGAACACUCUGAAGCAGUACACGUACAUGACCAUCAUGUCGACUACCAUGCCCACCCUAAAUACAUAUUUGAGUAUAAAGUGGAAGAUCACCACACAGGAGACAUAAAAUCCCAACACGAGAGUCGCGAUGGUGAUGUCGUGAAGGGCGUUUAUUCUUUGCACCAACCUGAUGGCUCUGAGAGGACCAUACAUUAUCAUGGAGACCACAAAACAGGG